GAGCCCAGCUGAAGGAAGGGACGCGCUGCCGGGUGCCCCUGGUCUAUGGAGCGGGGUAAGAUGGCGGAGGCGGAGAGCCUCGAGACAGCGGCGGAGCACGAGCGCAUCUUGCGAGAGAUCGAGAGCACCGACACGGCCUGCAUCGGGCCCACGCUCAGGUCUGUCUAUGAUGGUGAGGAGCAUGGGCGAUUCAUGGAGAAACUUGAAACUCGCAUCCGCAAUCAUGACAGAGAAAUUGAGAAAAUGUGCAACUUUCAUUACCAGGGUUUUGUGGACUCUAUAACUGAACUACUGAAAGUACGAGGAGAAGCCCAGAAACUCAAAAAUCAAGUGAUGGAUACUAAUAGAAAACUACAGCAUGAGGGAAAGGAACUGGUAAUCGCAAUGGAAGAGCUGAAGCAGUGCCGACUACAACAGAGAAAUAUUUCUGCCACUGUUGAUAAGUUAAUGCUGUGUCUUCCAGUUUUGGAGAUGUACAGCAAAUUGAGGGACCAGAUGAAAACUAAAAGGCACUACCCUGCACUGAAAACUCUGGAACAUUUAGAGCAUACAUAUCUGCCUCAAGUAAGCCAUUAUCGAUUCUGCAAGGUGAUGGUGGACAACAUCCCUAAGCUUCGAGAGGAAAUAAAGGAUGUUUCUAUGUCUGAUCUCAAAGACUUUCUGGAGAGCAUCCGCAAACAUUCAGACAAAAUUGGAGAGACUGCCAUGAAACAAGCCCAACAACAAAGAAACUUGGAUAACAUCGUCUUACAGCAACCCAGGAUAGGUAGCAAGAGAAAAUCAAAGAAAGAUGCAUAUACAAUUUUUGAUACAGAGAUAGAAAGCACUAGCCCCAAGUCUGAACAGGAUUCGGGAAUUCUGGAUGUUGAAGAUGAAGAAGAUGAAGAGGUACCUGGGGCCCAAGAUUUGGUGGAUUUUUCUCCUGUUUAUCGAUGUCUACACAUAUAUUCUGUACUGGGUGCCCGGGAAACAUUUGAGAACUACUACAGAAAACAGAGACGAAAACAAGCCCGUUUAGUGCUCCAGCCUCCAUCUAAUAUGCAUGAAACUUUAGAUGGCUACCGGAAAUAUUUUAAUCAAAUUGUAGGCUUUUUUGUGGUUGAAGAUCACAUUUUGCAUACAACUCAAGGCUUAGUAAAUAGAGCCUACAUUGAUGAACUAUGGGAAAUGGCACUUUCAAAAACCAUCGCAGCACUCCGUACUCAUUCGUCUUACUGCUCUGAUCCAAACCUUGUGUUAGAUUUGAAGAACCUCAUUGUGCUUUUUGCUGACACACUUCAGGUGUAUGGUUUUCCUGUCAAUCAACUUUUUGACAUGCUGUUAGAAAUCAGAGACCAGUAUAGUGAAACUCUGCUAAAAAAGUGGGCAGGUAUUUUCAGAAACAUACUGGAGUCUGACAACUAUAGUCCUAUACCAGUAACAAGUGAAGAGAUGUAUAAAAAGGUGGUAGGACAAUUCCCGUUCCAUGAUAUAGAGUUGGAAAAGCAGCCAUUUCCAAAAAAGUUUCCCUUCUCUGAAUUUGUGCCAAAAGUUUACAACCAAAUUAAAGAAUUUAUCUACGCCUGUCUGAAAUUUUCAGAAGAUCUUCAUCUAAGUUCAACUGAAGUUGACGACAUGAUUCGUAAAUCUACAAACCUGUUACUCACCAGGACUCUAAGCAACUCUCUGUUGAAUGUCAUUAAAAGGAAGAACAUUGGACUUACUGAGCUUGUCCAGAUUAUCAUCAAUACAACACAUUUGGAGAAAUCCUGUAAGUAUUUGGAAGAAUUUAUUACCAAUAUCACUAAUGUGCUUCCAGAGACAGUUCACACCACCAAGCUGUAUGGGACCACAACUUUUAAGGUGAGAAGAUACCAUAGUACUGAUUUUGUCUAUUUCAACUCAUAGCAACCCUGUAUAGAGUUUCUGAAGAUGGCUAACUGACCUAUGGAUUGGCCAAGUGGCAACAUCGAUGGACUCAAAUCUGAUUAUGAUGUUGAGCUGGUAAAUUUUAUAAACUUGAACUUUUCUUAUUUUUCAUACCUGCCUGGAAAGGUGGCCCAGACAGCAUGUAUGUCAGCUUGUAAGCAUUUAGCCACAUCCCUGAUGCAACUUCUGCUGGAAGCUGAAGUAAGACAGCUUACCUUGGGAGCAUUACAGCAGUUCAACUUGGAUGUCAGAGAAUGUGAACAGUUUGCCAGAUCCGGCCCGGUGCCUGGGUUCCAGGAGGACACGCUGCAGUUGGCCUUCAUCGACUUGAGACAACUUUUGGAUCUCUUCAUCCAGUGGGACUGGUCAACCUAUCUUGCUGACUAUGGUCAGCCCAACUGCAAGUACCUGCGGGUAAACCCAGUGACAGCUCUAACCCUGCUUGAGAAGAUGAAGGACACUAGCCGCAAGAACAACGUGUUUGCACAGUUUCGGAAAAAUGAACGAGACAAGCAGAAACUGAUUGACACUGUGGCCAAGCAGCUCCGGGGACUCAUCAGUAGCUACCACUCAUGA